AUGGAGUUGAUGACUAGAAAACGGUUUGAAAACCGGUUAUUCCUCACCCUAUGGGUGACGACUGUUAUGUUCUCAAGCGGCGGUGAAGAGAUUUUCCUCGGAAUCAAUCACCUUCCGUUUGAUAUCCCCACGUUGGAGCCAACACUCCGAUGUGAUGAGCAGUUACAAACGAUUUCAAGGGCAAAUUAUGAUCAUGAAGUCUACAUGCGUUGGUGGUCUUUAAAACAACUUUGUCAUUGGGGAUUAUGGUUUCCAUGUCACUGGACCAUAGACUUUGAAAUGGAAAUCAAUCCUUAUGUUGUGGAAACCACGGCUAAUGCUUGA